GCCUACGCUGCAGGUAAGCUCGUGCAGGAGUGAGCUGUUGUUAGAGAUGAGUCGUUAGGCCGACGUCUCGUCCUCUCCGGAUCCAUUACCAGCUGCAUCAUGCGGUGCUUCCGUCGCCUCUGCGUGUUUCUGCUGGCCGUGUCCUCGUGCGGAUGUUUGUCGGGAGUGUCCGCCUGCCGCUCGGAGCCGGAGACUCCGGACUGGAGGAUGACUCUGAAAACCAUCCGGAACGGGAUACACAGAAUCGACACGUACCUGAACGCAGCACUGGACUUGUUCGGUGGCGAUGACGGACUGUGUCAUUAUAAAUGUAGCGACGGGUACAAGCCGGUGCCUCGUCCUGGAUACAAGCCUCCACCGCCCAAUGGAUGUGGCUCCCCUAUGUUUGGCAUUCAGUUUGAUAUAGGUAUCCCCUCCAUGACUAAAUGCUGCAACCAGCAUGACCGCUGCUAUGACAGCUGCGGCCAGCAGAAACACGACUGUGAUGAGCAGUUCCAGGACUGCCUCGAGACCAUCUGCAGGAAUGUGCAGAAGACACUUGGACUGAACAAGAGUGUCCAAGCAUGUGAGUCAGCGGUGACGCUGCUUUUCGACGCCGUCAUGCACCUGGGCUGUAAACCCUACCUGGACAGCCAGAGAGAUUCCUGCGUGUGUCAGUACGAGGUGAAGCGGGAACUGUGACGCCGCCGCAGAAAGACGACUGUGGACAUCACUGACUGUGAUCUGAGGACGGCUGUCAUGCACUGCACCGUAACACUUGUAGGUGUUCUCAGGGACUGUUGAAAUAUUUGUUCAUCAAAGUGAAAGUGAAAUCAACCAAGCUCAUUGUGUGCAAUAGUCUUAUCUCUUCGCCCCUUGAUGCACUGGAAACAGGGUGAUCAGGAUUUCCCUGAAUAAUGAGUUAUGUGUAGGUUUCAGCCAUUAAACUCAUGUUGUCUGUAUAACAGAACGACUGAAUGAGGCUAGAACAUCAAAAAUUCUCAUUAAAAUGUAACUUACCUGCUAAACUAAGAGGGUGUUGCAUUUAAGUGCAAAGCUUGACGUGAAAUUUGUAAUUCGUGGAUAAUUCCUGAUGUGCAGUAGGAACAAUGGCAGCAUCUGCAGGUGAUAAAGAUGAGAGACGUUAGAUUCAUUUGGAAGUGUUGACCUUCAGACAAACCCAGGUUUUAAGGCACUAAUGUAAAUAAUUUGAUGAUACACUACUUUUCUCUACUCAUGAUUUUUUUUUAAUUAAGACCAGUGCACUGAGAAAGAAUCAUAAUUCAAUUUAUUUAUAUCAGUUACAACUUAACCUUGUCAUGACAAACAUGGAUAAAGUGAGAAAGGACGCCUUUUGCCGUCACUGAUUGUAGUUAGGGGAAGUUUUUCUGAAAAUAAUGUCAUUAGCAUUGUUGUUGAUGACUAAACAUGGAAGGACCAUGUAAUUUUCAUCCAUACACGGUGUCAUUUGUCAACAUUUGAAGCUUGUUCAGUUAUUUAAUAAAUGUGACUUUUGUUCAUUGCCUGUGUGAUUAAAUUUAAUUCAGAUCAGUUUUUCUGCACUGAAGAAGCACAGUGUCGCCUGGGAAUCAUAACCUGUAGCAGCUUCACUACUAAUCAUGAAAUUAAUAUUUCUAUUUUUCUUUUUUGCACUUAAACAGUGUCCUAAUAUUUUUGACAUGUUAUUAUUAGUUGUUUUUCUUAUAUUUCAACUCUCUUACAGAUUAAAGAUACCAAGAAAUGUA